AAUGGAUUAAGAAAUCAGACCUAAGCGUUAAAGUAUUCUAAAACGAUAAUCAACUUUUGAUAAACCUAAUUAUAUGGAAGAGAAAGAGAAACAACAUUAAUAAAAUUAGAAUAAUAUAUAAGAGGACUUACAUGUGCAAAUAGAUAGUAGUGUGAAGAUCAUUACAAUUCCUGAAGUUUAAGAUGUCUAAGUUAUUCAUGAACAAGAUGAAAGUAUAUCAUUGUUGUAAUAAUAAAGUUCAUUUUCCAAAGAAAGUCAAUAAUUUAAGCGAAGCUGAACUUAUUAAGUUAGCAUUAAAGUAUAAUGAUUUGCUUUAUAAACUAGAAAGCCUUAAAUAUGGGAGGAAGACGAAUAAUGACUGUU